AUGCCUGGCUCCGAAAACAAAGCUAGAUCUCUCAGAGGAGAGCUUUACCAUGCAUUCACUCCUGAACUAGUCGCAGAACGUCGUCGUUGUGCUCGCGCCUGCACAAAGUAUAACAAAGCAGGAGAAGAUGACACAAUGACUAGAAGACGUCAGACGCAAAAUAGCAUCGUGGGAGAUACCAGACCACUACCUCCGCGUAAGGAAGGUAGCACCGAAGAUGAGGAUGAAGAACUACUAGGCUCUGAAGCCUGGGUCGAGGCCCCAUUCCACGCAGACUACGGCACAAAUGUACGCCUAGGAGAGGGUGUCUUCAUCAACUUCAAUUGCACCGUUAUUGAUACGUGUCUCGUUUCUAUUGGCUCGAGAACUCUACUGGCGCCGAAUGUCAGCCUGUACUCUGGCACCCACCCUCUUGAUCCUGAUCUGAGGAAUGGCACAAAUGGCCCAGAGUCUGGCAAGCCCAUCACAAUCGAGGAGGAUGUAUGGAUUGGUGGCAACGUGAUUGUCUGUCCUGGUGUGACGAUUGGACGUGGCAGUACUGUGGGUGCGGGUAGUGUUGUGACCAAGAAUGUUGCACCCUACACUGUCGUAGCGGGCAACCCAGCAAAGGUCAUCAAGCAGGCGCCCAGAAACACCACUACUGCGGAAGAGAGAGCAGAAAUCCGACGAAUCGCUGAUGCUGCUUGA